AUGUCUGCGGAAGAAGCUACCGGGCUGGAAGCAGCCCGCAAGCAGAAGAUCCACAACCUGAAGCUGAAGACAGCAUGCCUCGAGAACGAGGAAGUGGUGCAAGAGCUGCACGUGUCUGACUGGUCGGAGACGCAGCGUCAGAAGCUGCGUGGAGCACACCUGAAGGCCGAGGAGCUGAUUGCAGCUGUCGAUGUCGGAACAAAGUGGAACCUGACGGAGGCGUACGAUCUUGCGAAGCUGAUGCGCGUGUGUGGCCUCGAGAUGAGUCAGCGCGAACUGUACCGCCCAGAAGACAAGGCGCAGUUCAUGGAUAUUAUUGGAGUGAAGAAGGUGCUCCAGGAUCUGAAACAGAACCGCAACAAGACGCGCGUUGUGAGCUUCACCCAGAUGAUUGACAACGCAAUUGCAAAGAUGGAGAAGGUGGAGGAGGAGCUUCGUCGCUCGCAGUUGGAUGCGACACAACUGGCACAGGUUCCAACUCGGAUGUUAAAGCAAGUUGAGGACAUUAUGAACGCGACACAGAUUCAGAAUGCUCUCGCGUCGACGGAUGAUCAAAUCAAAACUCAGCUAGCGCAAUUGGAGAAGACAAACGAGAUCCAGAAUGUUGCCAUGCAUGACGGUGAGAUGCAGGUUGCCGAGGAGCAGAUGUGGACGAAGGUUCAGCUGCAGGAACGCCUGAUUGACCUUAUUCAGGACAAGUUCCGGCUGAUCACCAAGUGCGAGGAGGAGAACCAGGCGUUCAAGAAGAUCUACGAGGUACAGAAGCAGGCCAACCAGGAGACCAGCCAGAUGAAGGACGCAAAGCGUCGCCUGAAGCAGCGGUGCGAGACAGACCUGAAGCACAUCCACGAUGCCAUCCAAAAGGCUGACCUGGAGGAUGCCGAGGCAACAAAGCGCCACGCAUCGAACAAAGAGAAGAGCGAUCGCUUUAUUCGCGAGAAUGAGGAGAAGCAGGAGGAGGCAUGGAACAAGAUCCAGGACCUGGAGCGACAGCUGCAGAAGCUUGGCACGGAGCGCUUUGAGGAGGUGAAGCGCCGUAUUGAGGAAAUUGACCGUGAGGAAAAGCGCCGCGUGGAGUACACGCAAUUUCUCGAGAUUGCCUCGCAGCACAAGAAGCUGUUGGAGCUGACUGUUUACAACUGCGACCUUGCGAUCCGAUGCACAGGGCUGGUGGAGGAGAUGGUCUCAGAGGGCUGCGCUGCGGUGAAGGCUCGCCAUGACAAGACCAGCCAGGACCUUGCAGCGCUACGACUGGAGGUUCACAAGGAGCAUCUGGAGUACUUCCGUAUGCUGUACCUCACAUUGGGCUCACUCAUCUACAAGAAGGAAAAACGACUGGAGGAAAUUGACCGAAACAUCCGCACGACGCACAUUCAGCUGGAGUUCUGCGUGGAGACGUUUGAUCCAAAUGCGAAGAAGCACGCCGACAUGAAGAAGGAACUGUACAAGCUGCGACAGGGCGUCGAGGAGGAACUGGCAAUGUUGAAGGAGAAACAGGCAAAGGCACUGGAGGACUUCAAGGAGUCGGAAGAGGCGCUGGACGCAGCAGGCAUCGAAUUCAACCACCCUGUGGACGAGAACAACGAGGAGGUGCUGACACGACGCAGCAAGAUGGUCGAGUACCGCUCUCACCUGUCAAAGCAGGAAGAGGUGAAGAUCGCCGCGGAGCGCGAGGAGAUCAAGCGGGCACGGCUGCUGCGCACUGCUGGCGGUGGUACCGGCGAACAACCCCGCAUUGGUCACAACACGGCUCCUGCUCGCCUCGAGUAA